AUGCAGUCGCCUAGCAACCAUCCGGCAUCAAAGCAUCAAAACGCGGCGCUGCAUCUGAAGUCUCCCUGUCGCGGCGUUCGAAGCUGCGCGCCCUCCCACGCCCCUCUCCCCCUUCUCCCCCCCUUGGGUGCCAGGCCUGCUAGCACCAUGUUGUACGAGAUCCUGGAGAUGGGGCGGCGGAAAAAGGCCCCCCCGCGCCACAUGUAAGUUGCUGCAGCAUCCCCUGCCAGGGGGCUCUGCGGGAGUUGGCUUUGCAGAGGCAGCCCCCCUUUCCAUCCCCCCCCAGGAGUCAGGAGAUAUUGAUUUUAAAAGGCCCCCAGAUAUUCAGCCCACCCUUGUGCCAGGAGGGUGCCAGGGCUGGUUUCAAGAAACCGUGCAUGAAGGGUAUUGUGGCAGUGCUGGAUUUACAUACUGUAUAAGCUAAACAAGCUAUAGCUUAGGGCUCCACUCUCUUGGGGCUCCCCCCCCAAAAAAAAUUCACUCUUAAUAUACUUCUUCUUAAUCAUAGAAUCAUAGAGUUGGAAGAGACCACAAGGGCCAUCAAGUCCAACCCCCUGCCAAGCAGGAAACACCAUCAGAGCACUCCUGACAUAUGGUUGUCAAGCCUCUGCUUAAAGACCUCCAAAGAAGGAGACUCCACCACACUCCUUGGCAGCAAAUUCCAAAUAAUCGUAUUUCGGUUCAACAAUUACUUUGAUAAAAUACAUAUUUUGUUAUGUGCAAAUGGCUUUAGAUACCUGUUAGGUCCAUAAAUUACCAUAUAGCAUAUAUUUAACACAAAAAACAGCAACAAAUUGUUGUUGACAAAGGACAGCUGGACAUAUAAAGGGCCCCAUUACCUUCAGUAGCUUAGGGCCUCAUCAAACCUAAAUCCGGCCCUUACUGUGAUGAUCUCCGCAAAAAGGUCGGUGAUCACGGUUUUAAGAGCUUUGAAACUUUGCUGUUUUCAAAUAAUAAUAAAAAUUAAAGCUUUUAAAUAAUCUUUAAAAGUUUGCUGCUUUCAAAAAUAACAAGAGAAACCUGCCGGAGCUUCUCGGCCCUGAAGAGCUCUAGGAGAGGUAGGUUUACAGCGUCUACUUAGAAGUAAGUCACAGUGGUUUUAGUUGGGGCUUACACCAUUGUAAGUAGAGGACCACAGCUUCAGUGUUUCCUGUGUGCAGUGGCAUAAAAAGGCAUCACUUCCUGAAUCUCAGCUGCUUUCCUGUUAGCUGUUAAAAGGCUCCAAAGUCUUGCUUGAUUGUAGAGAGGUGGCCGCUCUGUUUUCCAAAUCUCCAUCUCUCCUUCCAACUAAUAAUUCAAAGUAUUCCUUUGGUCAUAUGUCAUGAAGCAGUAUUGCAGUCUUUCUGCAUUGUUGUUGUACUGUACCUACAACUUAUUGAAUAAUACAAAAAACCACUUUUAAAGCUGUUUUUAAAAUAAGAUUAUAUUUUCAUGUAUAAUUGUGUUACUUCUAAGCACAUACAGUGGUGCCUCGGUUUAAGAACAGCCCUGUUUACGAACUAUUUGGUAUACAAACUCCACAAAACUGGAAGUAGUGUUCUGGCUAGCGAACUUUAUCUCCGUCUGUGAACAGAAGCCGAACGGUGGAAGGGCACCGGUGGCGGGAGGCCUCAUUAGGGAAAGCUCACCUGGAUUUAAGAACGGCUUUGGUUUAAGAACGGACUUCCGGAACAGAUUAAGUUCGUAAACCGAGGUACCACUGUACUAGUUUCUGACACGGCUUUUGAUGGGCAUCAGGUAAAAAAAUUCAAGUGUAUUCCAUGGUGGCAAUGUUCCUAAGCCAGGAAUGCAGUUGCAGAAAUAAUUUUGUUUUGUUCAAGAAAUUUAUACCCCGCUUUCUACAAUUUGUCUCAAAGCGGCUUAAAAGAGUAGAGCAUAAAAUACACAGAACUUAAAACAUAAGCUAGAAUAUCAGAAGACGGCAAAUGCUGGAACAGCGUUCAUAUUCCAAUAGUGAAAUAAAACCAUUUUAACCUGGCACCUGAAACAUAUCAGGGACUGUGCCUGCCUGAUUUGUAGUGGGAGGGAGUUAGGCCCACAGCAAUAAAGGUACCUUACUCUUGCUGUAACAGGCUUUGCCUGUAUUCCUAUCCCCCAGCUCUCACACCAAAGCCAAAUCAAAGCCUCCGUGUUUUGUCUUCACAACAAGUGAAAACAGUGCAAGUAGUCCUCUGAGGAUAAUUUGGGGCAAAUGGUUAAUUGCUUUUUUAAAAAAACAAAAACAAAACCCUCAUUAUUCUCCCCCCGCUCACAAAAGCAAACUCCUAAAGCAACCUAACAGCAGUAAAAUAUACCCAUACUAAAACCAAACUCACAAAACGUAUUAAACCUCCAUCAGGUGAUACCGAUUUCAUAAAACCAUUUAUAUUUUUCUUACCAAAACAAACAAACAAACAAACAAACAAACAAACACAUACCUUCCACUUGCCCCCAAAGCUUUCUAGUACAUAAAAUAAAAACAAACCCUUCUAGUUCGUAAGCUAGAACAGAUGCACUCGGUUAUUUGAGACCAAUUUUCUUCGCUCACAAGAGCUAUGAAAAAUGAUGCAGCUAUCUAACCCUUGGCAUUGUCCACCCAGGCAGCUGUUCCCAAAUGAACAGCAUGUCAUGAUAGGCAACUGUCAGAAGGCCGCUGCUGGCCACCCAAACUCCCUGCUCGCAGUGAGUAAUGCUCUUCUGUCCCAGAGCAUGUCUCUGCAUCAGCUGUGAUUGGAUAAUCCAGUCACAUCUGGUGCAGAGGUGCAGCAGAAUUGCUUGUCAUCAGCAGGGGCUGCCUGUUUCAUCUCUCCAUGAGUCCCUCCUCUUAAUAUUUCCAAAGAGGCAUGCCUGGGUUGGCGUCAGGGGUCAGGGAUAAUUCUUCUCUUCUUGCCAUCCUUACCUGUUCUUCUCUCCCUCUGGCCGAGAGAACAGGUAACAUGGGCAAGGAAAAGAAAUAGUAGCUGCUUCUGGCUCUUCAAGGAGAGGGCAUUUAGAGCUGCAUGCAGAAAGGCUGAAGUCAUUGCUUUUGUGACUUGGGACAAGCUUCUUGCCCCGUGGCCCCUGAAAACAAAGUGAUAAAUGAAAACUGGGGCUUCCCUCUUUCCUGCACGGACAAAUGCCCCUCUCUGUCCUCAUGCAGCAGCAGGACCUGCCUACCCAUGAGGCAAGAGAUCCACCAGGGCAGCAGAUCCCAGUGUUCUGAUGUUCCUGAUGUAGAUCUUCCUGGUAUUCUUCUUCUUUGGCGAUCACUCGUAGUCAAGUAAGAUUGUCUUCCAUAAACACGGUUUUAAAAGUGAGUCUGUAAGUGACUGUGGAGGCCAAUUCUGGAUCCACAUGUCCUUCCACAGUGGGACCAUAGGUUUCCAGGCGGGAGUUGAUCACGGUGUGGAUUUGCCAAACAUACCUUCCUCUUAGCAUGUUUCUCCCUUACGUCCUGAGUUUGAGCGUCUUCAAAGUCCAUGACACCUUUGGUAAAGGCUGUUCUCCAAUUGGAGCACUCGCAAGCCAGUGUUUCCCAGUUGUUGGUGUUUAUACUACAUCUUUUUAGAUUUGCCUUGAGAGAGUCUUUUGUUGACCACCAGCAUUACGCUUUCCAUUUUUAAGUUUGGAGUAGAGUAGUUGCUUUGGAAGACAAUAAUCAGGCAUCCGCACAACAUAACUAGUCCAAUGAAGUUGAGGUUGAAGAAUCAUUGCUUUGACACUGGUGAUAUAGAUCUCCCCUCACCCCUCCAAUCUGGGACUCCAAUCUGGGGUCCACCUCUUGGACCAGCCUUGACUGAAAGUCUGUUCUAUCCAUUUAGAAGAGUCCAGAAACCCUGAAGUAGAAAGCAGUCCUGCGCAUGCACACACACAUGCCAAAGCACAUGGCAUAUAUAGAUAGAUCUAACAAUACGUUCAAUAUCUUGAGAGCUUAUUGACCUUGAAUGGUGCUUGAAAACUGCCUUGUAGUAGGGCCCUUUGGAGACGACAUCACUAAGUGCCUAUAAAAUGCAGGCCGGGGGCAGUGGAGUGGGGAAGAGGUGGGGGUUUUCAGCUGAGAAGCAGGCACCAGGAGCAGAUAUGGGCCAUUAUUCGAGGAUGCUAUCAGGGGUGAGGAGGAAAAACCCAUUAGAGACAAGGUGAUGGAGAUGCUGAGUCGACCCUCCAGUGUCAGAGCUCAAAGGGAGAUGGGUCGUCUUUGGCUUGACUUCCCAGCAAGCCGUUAAUAAAUCUGGGAGGAAGGGCUGUUGCUGUUGGAGGGGAAGGGUGAGGAACAGGAAUGCGAAGCCUGGCAAGGUGGAAUGUUGAGUGGGGACAGGCUCGCCCAUUAAUUUUAGAAUGAGCCCUUCCUGAACAGCCGCUUAUCGAGAACGAGGUAUUUCGGACGCCCAGUUGCUGGAAGGCCGCAGACAAGGCACGGCAGACUCGGAGCAGGAAAGAGCGCAGGAGCUAAGGGUGUGUUCUUAUUUCUGUCUUGGAGUCCAGCAAAGUGCUCCUUCCCCCUGCCUGCUACAUGCACUUCACAUCGGUUCACAUCUGUAUGGCUUUGUUUCUGAUUGCAUACACCAAAAUCAACAAUAAAUUUACAGCAGCGAAACAAACGUUAAACGCAUCGCAAAUCGGUAGAUCAGAUUUAUGAAACCUAGACAGCAUCUUAAAAAGCAGAGACAUCAUCUUGCCAACAAAGGUCCGUAUAGUUAAAGCUAUGGUUUUCCCAGUAGUGAUGUAUAGAAGUGAGAGCUGGACCAUCAAGGAGGCUGAUCGCCGAAGAAUGGAUGCUUUUGAAUUAUGGUGCUGGAGGAGACUCUUGAGAGUCCCAUGGACUGCAAGAAGAUCAAACGCAUCCAUUCUGAAGGAAAUCAGCCCUAAGUGCUCACUGGAAGGACAGAUCCUGAAGCUGAGACUCCAGUACUUUGGCCACCUCAUGAGAAGAGAAGACGCCCUGGAAAAGACCCUGAUGUUAGGAAAGAUGGAGGGCACAAGGAGAAGGGAAUGACAGAGGACGAGAUGGUUGGACAGUGUUCUCAAAGCUACCAGCAUGAGUUUGACCAAACUGCGGGAGGCAGUGGAAGACAGGAGUGCCUGGCGUGCUCUGGUCCAUGGGGUCAUGAAGAGUCGGACACGACUAAAUGACUAAACAACAACAACAUAGCUGGAUCACCCUUUGGGGAAAGCCUGAGUGGACAGGUGACUUUUCAGUAGGAACCUUAAUGCUGAUACUGGAUGCCAAUAUAUACACCAAUUAACACAAGAAACGUUGUUUUCCUUGCUUGCUAGCUAUGCUAUGUUACCAAACUCCCAUUACAUUUCCCACCUACUCUGUUUUAUUUCCGUUUUACCUCGCCCGUAUUGCUCAAAUGCAUAUUGCAUUUGUUGUUGCAAUUAUACUGUGAUGGAGAGGCAUUUUUACUAAAUAUCCAUGCACUUUAAAAAAACGCCUGCUGUUUUAACUUGAGGGAGAUAUCCACACUUUAGAGCUUCAGAAGUGGUUUUUAUGUGUGUGUUUUUAAAACCAGCGUCAUUUCCAGGGUAGUAAAUGCUGUCCUGCUUUCUCAUAUUUUUUUCAGCCCAGAUUCCUACAGAGUACUUAAUCUCGAGUUCCCAGAAAGGAAUAAGGUGCUAGCUAAAACCGAAGAGGAACAUACGCCAAAGGAACAGCAGUAUAAGCUGGAGUGCCGUAAUAACCCUCAGCCGAUACACGCAAAAUGCAUUAAGCUGAAUACCAAGUUUUUAAAUAAGCCAAUAUUGUAUAUGGACACAGACAGCACAAAAUCAAAGCAGGUGAGGAUGGCUUAGUGAAAGUGAGAUCGUGGUCCAGUUUAGCCACAGUGCUAAACCCAGACUGGGGAAUCUUAGGCCUGAGGGCCAAAUGUAGCCCUCUUGGUUUCUCGGUCUGGCCCUCAGGACUCUCCCCAGGCCACAACCCUCACUGGUCCUGCCCUGUACCCUCAAAUACGUUUUGCCUGGUCCAGCCCUGUACCCUCAAAUAUCUUUUGCAUUAAUAAUAAUAAUAAUAAUUUUUUAUUUAUACCCCGCCCAUCUGGCUGAGUUUCCCCAGCCACUCUGGGCGGCUUCCAAUCGAGUGUUAAAAACAAUACAGCAUUAAAUAUUAAAAGCUUCCCUAAACAGGGCUGCCUUCAGAUGUCUUUUAAAGAUAAGAUAGCUACUUAUUUCCUUCACAUCUGAAGGGAGGGCGUUCCACAGGGCGGGCGCCACUACCUCUGUCUGGUUCCCUGCAACCUCACUUCUCGCAAUGAGGGAACCACCAGAAGGCCCUCGGCGCUGGAUCUCAGUGUCCAGGCAGAACGAUGGGGGUGGAGACGCUCCUUCAGGUAUACUGGGCCGAGGCCGUUUAGGGCUUUAAAGGUCAGCACCAACACUUUGAAUUGUGCUCGGAAAUGUACUGGGAGCCAAUGCAGAUCUCUCAGGACUGGUGUUAUGUGGUCUCGGCGGCCGCUCCCAGUCACCAGUCUAGCUUCCGCAUUCUGGAUUAAUUGCAGUUUCCAGGUCACCUUUAAAGGUAUCCCCACAUAGAGCGCAUUGCAGUAGUCCAAGCGGGAGAUAACUAGAACAUGCACCACUCUGGCAAGACAGUCCGGUUUUUGUGUACAAGAACCACAAAUUUCUGCAGGAAGGUAACUGGCACAUCCAUUUGCUUUUAGAGCCACCUGCCAUUGCUAUGCGGCCCCUGGAAGCUUGCCCAUGAGGCAAAGUGACCCUUGGUCUGAAGAAGGUUCCCCACCCAUGCACCAAAGCAUGAUUUCGUCAGAAGGGGCGGGGGGAGAAUUUUGGGAAUUAUAGGAGCAGAACUACCUAAAUUGUAUAGAAAUUUAUUUAUGUGUGCUACUACAGCAGCAAGAAUGCUACUUGCACAAAUGUGAAAAGGAGCGGAAGUCCCGGUAAAGGAAGAAUGGAUACAAAAACUUAUGGAAUAUGCAGAAAUGGCGAAACUUACCGGAAGAAUAAGAAAUAAAGAUAGCAAACUUUUUAUAAUAGAAUGGAAAUGGUUUAUUGAAUAUUUACAGAUAAAUUGUAAACAGAUAAAAACAUUAGCAGGAUUAUUGUAAUAACCUGCAGUUUCACAAGAGCAUAUAUUCACAGUAGAUAAUGAAAGGAGCAAGUUAAAUGAAUUUGGAUAUGCAGAAGAUAUUAAAAAACAUACAUUUAAGGAACCGCAGAAAGAGGGGGCAGGAAGUCAGAUUUUGAAAUGUUAAAUUGAUUGUAAAAUUAAUGAAAUGUAUAAACUUGGAAAGUAUAAAUAAUGGCAACUCUAUAGGCUAGUUGUUGACAAAUUAAUUUAUGUUCCCUGCAAAGGAUCAUUGGUGGCCAAGCAGCGAACCCUUUGUUGUGCCAUGCCCUAAACCACCUUACGACAAGCAGAGCACUCAAAGAAGUCAUUUCCAGAAGCCAGCCUGUAGAUUGAUUCGGCCCCUUAAGUUCGGCAAUAAGCGGCAACCUUCGCGUGGAAUAGGUAAGACUUUUAGGGGAAAGCUUCCCUUCCCUUCCCUUCUCUCUUUCCACCAAAACUAGACAAGUAAUAUAAAGGUGGUUCAGCUUCUGCUUCUGUUGUUGUUGUUUAGUCGUUUAGUCGUGGCCGACUCUUUGUGACCCCAUGGACCAGAGCACGCCAGGCACUCCUGUCUUCCACUGCCUCCCGCAGUUUGGUCAAACUCAUGCUGGUAGCUUCGAGAACACUGUCCAACCAUCUCGUCCUCUGUUUUCCCCUUCUCCUUGUGCCCUCCAUCUUUUCCAACAUCAGGGUCUUUUCCAGGGAGUCUUCUCUUCUCCUGAGGUGGCCAAAGUAUUGGAGCCUCAGCUUCACGACCUGUCCUUCCAGUGAGCACUCAGGGCUAAUUUCCUUAAGAAUGGAUGCGUUUGAUCUUCUUGCAGUCCAUGGGACUCUCAAGAGUCUCCUCCAACACCAUAAUUCAAAAGCAUCAAUUCUUCGGUGAAAAAUUAUUAUUUCAAUAAUCAAUUCUUUGGCAAAAGCAUUAUGCUUUAUUAAAUCUGUGUGCCGCCCUUCAUUGCCAAGAUGACAGGGUGGUUCGCAAUAUAAAAAAUACAAAAUGAGAUUGGAAAAUCCACAAUGAAACAAAAGCAAGCCAAUAACCCCUCUCCCAUGAACACAUUUCAAAGGCCAUAGAAUGUCCAGACAAGCCAAAGGCCUGGGAGAAGAGAGAUGUUUUUGCCUGGCACCUAAAGAUAUUUAGUGAAGGCGCCAGGCGAGCCUCCCUGGGGAGAGCAUUGCACAAAUGGGGAACCACCACAGAAAAGACCUGUUCUUGUGUUGCUGCCCUCUGGACCUCACGUGCAGCAGGCAAACGAAGAAAGCCCUCAGGUGAUGAUUGCAGGUUCUGGGUUGGUUCAGUUGCAGAGAGGUGGUCUCUAUCAGUUUGGCUGAUGUGAUGUGGUCGAAACUAUGACCUGUUGCAUGCACAAGUGUAGUCGGAAACAGCCAACAGAUGUCAAGUGUUGCUUGACGGAAACGGAGAUUGCUGCAGUAGUACAUUUGCUUAGAAAAUCAGGCUCCCUCGUGGCUGCUACUGAACUGUUAUUGAACCUUUUGCCACCUUCAGGCGGACCACAUGCUCCGCCAUUGAGUGAUGGCUCCAAAAUCUGGGCACAUUUCGCUGACCUAACAUGUAUUGAUUCCUAAUUCUCAGCUUCAACCACCUCCUGUGAAUUCCGGUUUCAAGCUGAUUCGUGAUAGUGGUAUUACACAGCAGAGGCAGAUUUGCAGGAGUGCGACCGUUCGCCUACACUGGGUGCUGAGCCAAGAGGCCACUGUGGGGGUGCCGCAACAAUUGCGAGCAAUGGGAGGCGAGAGGUGUGGUGGGAGCACCAAAUUUUGGUGUUGGCUUUGUUCCCCAUUAUCUGCACACAUGUCCCAUCGUCAGCUCUGUGUACAGUGCUGCAGAAGCCUGCAGCCAGAGAGAUGGUAGCAGAAAUGAGUUUCUACACCCUAGGCAACAACGAUCCUAUUCCAGUGCCUUAAACUCUUCCAUUCUCAGUCUCCACUUAAAUCACCUUCUCCUGAUCAUACAAGCAAUAGGCACCUUUCAGUUCAGUUCGAUUGAUGAAACACAAAGAACAGUAGCUCCCAGUUUGGGGGCUUUCUGUCCCAUUCCCCCCCCCAAUCAGGCUGCAAUGUUAGCUUGCAGGUUUUUCCUUGUCCUUAGAUCUUGGAUUAGAGUCUUUAUGGCAGUAUUAAUUUAAGCAAGUUCUGCUGACUUUGGCGAUUCAGUCUGCAGAAGCCAUCACUUGUGGCCUUCGUUUCCCAUUGAUUGGCAAAACCCUUUUUUAAAAAAAAGUGAUGUAAGGUACUGUAUUUACUUGAAUGUAAUGUGCACCUUUUUUGGCCAAAUUACACCGCAAAAAUUAGAGUGCACAUUAGAUUUGGUGGCACAUUUACAUUCUCCAGCAAAUGCUUUUUUGGUUUCAAGGUCUUGAAAAUUGAGGUGUGCAUUAGAUCUGAUGGGGCAUUGUUGUUGUUGUUGUUGUUUAGUCGUUUAGUCGUGUCCGACUCUUCGUGACCCCCUGGACCAGAGCACGCCAGGCACUUCUGUCUUCCACUGCCUCCCGCAGUUUGGUCAGACUCAUGCUGGUAGCUUCGAGAACACUGUCCAGCCUUCUCAUUCUCUUUUGUCCCCUUCUCCUUGUGUCCUCCAUCUUUCCCAACAUCAGGGUCUUUUCCAGGGAGUCUUCUCUUCUCAUGAGGUGGCCAAAGUAUUGGAGCCUCAGCUUCAGGAUCUGUCAUUCCAAUGAGCACACAGGGCUGAUUUCCUUCAGAAUGGAUAGGUUUGAUCUUCUUGCAGUCCAUGGGACUCUCAAGAGUCUCCUCCAGCACCAUAAUUCAAGAGCAUCAAUUCUUCGGCGAUCAGCCUUCUUUAUGGUCCAGCUCUCACUUCCCUACAUCACUACUGGGAAAACCAUAGCUUUAACUAUACGGACCUUUGUUGGCAAGGUGAUGUCUCUGCUUUUUAAGAUGGGGCAUUAGAUUCACAUAAACACGGUAUUUCCGUCUGCUUCUCCUCCCAGGAGAACCUUCGGUUCUGCCUUUAGUCAACUUCUCCGCAAUAAUUCAGCCCCACAAUAGCUAUUCAGCUUGUUUGCGAACGAUGACGGAUGGCUGAGCUAUAGCAAGCAGCACAUAGCCAGAGCAUGACAACUCCAGUCACACUUCCAUGUUUACAAGGGCGGCGGCGAGGAUAGCUUCCAUAUGUGAGCGUGUUUGUUGGAUUGCCAACAUGGAGCCAGCUGUUUGUCUGGAUUUGGGCUGGUCCUCUUCAAGGCAAGGGGACAGCGUCUCGGCAAAACAGGUCCCUAAAAGGCUAUAUGCACACACAAAGAAAUAUUCUGCAGAAAUCCAUCGUGGCUCCUGCAAGCCAGAUUUCUCAUAGAAGCUGGAGACAAUGCUUUGAAUGUAUAGGUCAGCAUUUGGGCUUUGCAUUCUUUGAAACAACCGACAGCUAACCUUUCCCUGGGCAUUAGUGUAGCUUCGCAGGGGCUGAAAAGGACAUCCUGGGUCACCAAGCCGAACGUGAAUGCAUUGUAGCCGGAUUUGCUAGUCCGGCUCUUAAGCCACUCCUGACAGUUGUUUAUCCAGCCUCGCUUUGACCUACUGAGCCACAAAAGAAACUGUGUCUGUGGACCAGUUCUGAACGGUGGAGACUUUUUUUUCAGGCUUCUAGCCAGAAAUGCUGUGAUGCAGGGAGCCUUCAGAUGCGUGUUGUGAGGGUGUUGUAUAAUGUGGAACAACAGAAGCCUCAACAAGUUAUCUAAGAGGUUAUCUCCCAUUGCAGUUAUCUAAUAUCGCAGAAAUUCAGUAAGAUGAAACCUUACCAUUUCUUAAAUGUUGUUGUUUAAUAAAAUACAUCAGCCCUGCUGAACUCCGAGGGCCUUCUAGCAGUUCCAUCACUGCUGGAAGUGAAAUUACAGGGACCCAGGCAGAGGGCCUUCUCGGUAGUGGCACCUGCCAUGUGGAACGUCCUCCCAUCAGAUGUCAAGGAGAUAAAGACUACAUGACUUUUAGAAGGCAUCUGAAGGCAGCCCUGUAUCGGGAAGUUUUUAAUGUUUGCCGUUUUAUUAUAUUUUUAUAUGUGCUGGAAGCCUCCCAGAGUGGCUGGGGCAACCUGACCAGAUGGAUGGGGUAUAAGUAAUAAAUUUAUUAUUAUUAUUAUUAUUAUUAUUAUUAUUAUUCACCUGGGACAGAUCAGGAAAGUGGCGUAGCUCAGGGGUAGAGCAUCUGUUUUGCAUACAGAAGGUCCCAGGUUCAGUCCCUGCCAACUCUAUGUAGGGCUUGGAGAGAACCCUUCUCUGAAACCCUGCUGAGAUGCUACCAUUCCGUGUAGACCAGUGGUUCUCAACCUGAGGGUCCCCAGAUGCUGUUGGACUACAAUUCCCACAAUCCCUGAGCUCUGGCCUUGCUAGCUAGGGGUGAUGGAAGUUGUAGUUCAACAACAUCUGGGGAACCACAGGUUGAGAAAGGCUGGUGUAGACAAUACUAAGCUUGAUGAACCAGUGUGUGCUGGUCCCGAGGGAUAACCGUGAGGCCGGUCCGUGAGACCGGUCCGUGGUCAAAGGUGCAACGUGGAGGCAGUCUGUAGUAGCUGAAGCUGGGUGUAGGGCAGGGAGUCGGGUGAAGUCAGGAGCUCCGGCAGAGAAGCAGGACAGGGUGCAGACAGGAACAGGCUACCGACAGCGUUGCUCCCGCAACUUGGGACUGGGGCUGGCUGGCUUUUAUCUGCCCUGAGGCAUAGGGCAGCCCCUGUCCACAAGUGACUCGGCCUCUCCUGGCCUGGAGGCGAGCACUCCUCCUGUGGGAACUUAGUUCCCUCCGCCUCUCUGCCCUGAGCCUCUGCAGCUCAGGAGAGGCUGGAGGGUUACCGGACCCAGAGGCAACCUCAGCUUCCUCUGACAGGGCUGAGAGUGGAGCACCUGCAGGCAAUGGGUCCUCCAUCACCUCAGGGGCCAGAGCAGACUCAGCUGAUGCCUGUACCUGAGGAUCCAGCACAGGUGAGGACCCUUCAGGUUCAAGCCCCAGCCCUGGCUCAGCUGGUUCUGGAGGCGGGGAAUCCUGUGCAGGCUGGGAUCCCUCAGGUUCAGCAUCCGAGUCCGAAUCCCAGGCCAUCACACAGUGGUCCAACUCACUAUAAGGCAGAUUCCUGUGUUCCUGUCUCCCGCAUGCAAUGUAGCCAUGCAAACCACCUGGAAGCAAGACUAUACUGUGCAUUUUCUGUCGCAGUUCCACUUGCAGCUCCUCCAUUGCCGGGCCGCCUUCCGAGAAUUUUCCAAGAGCAGAUCACUUUCAAAUACGACUACAAUGCCAGAGCCACCCCCUGCAUCCCCUAUCAAGGGAAGGUAAGGCCAUGUGCAUCCUGUGCUCUGGACAUUCAGCAGGAAGCCAGAAGGAUGUGUUUACCCCUAAGGCCUCCAGCACAUUGUUCUGGGACUAGGGAACGUCAUUGCGUGCGUUGCAGUCAGCGGCUUUGGGUAUUUGCAAACGGCAUGCCUGCUGUCAAACCAGCCCGAUGGCCUUAGAAAGACAGGGCAAUGUCUUUUUUGCGACUUGGUUGCCUUACAAAGAAGAUCCUGGGAUGUUGUAACAGAAGGCAAGAGGUGGGCAGGUGCUGGUCUUGACCUUUAAAGCCCUUUGUGGCUUAGGGCCCUCAUAUUUACGGGACCACCUCUCCUGGUAUGCCCUGCAGAGGACCUUAAGGUCCAUGAAUAACCAUAGUUUAGAGGUCCCGGGCCCUAAGAAAGUCAGAUUAUCCUCUACCAGGGCCAGGGCCUUUUCAGUGAUGGCUCCGACCUGGUGGAAUGCUCUGUCCCAUAAGACCAGGGCCCUGCAGGAUUUAACCUCCUUCCAUCGGGCCUGUAAGACAGAGCUAUUCCGCCUGGCCUUUAAUUUGAAUUCAACCUGAUCUUUUAUUUCCCUUCUCUUCCCUCCCCCUCCCUUUUUAUGAAGAUAAUCCACUCUGAGACUCCACAGCUAAUUCUCCCCUGGCUUCCUCGCUGGCCCAAGUAGGACCAAUUCAGCCAGCUAGCCCUGGGGAUGAUCUAAUGCUUAUUUCCCCUAAAUUGAUUUCUGAAUUUUGAAUUUUAUUGUUAUUCAUGUUUUUAUACUGUAUUUUAUUCUGCUUUUACAAUUAAGUUUUUGAAAUUUGUUGUUAGCUGCCCUGAGCCAGGUUUUUGAACUGGGAAGGGCAGGGUAUAAAUAAAAAUGUAUUAUUAUUAUUAUUAUUAUUAUUAUUAUUAUUAUUAUUAUUAUUAUUACCACUGUGAUGUGAGGGACCAAGGACUUCCUAGCACCCUCCACCUCAAAGACUAAAUUCAGUGCAGGAGGAAGAGUUUUUUGUUGUUGUUAAACUUCCCCCUUCCCACAUGCUGUGGUCCUGAUGUAGUCCCUUUAAAGCCCUAAACGGUCUCAGCCCAGUAUACCUGAAGGAGCAUCUCCACCCCCAUUGUUCAGCCUGGACACUGCGGUCCAGCUCUGAGGGCCUUCUGGCGGUUCCCUCACUGCGAGAAGUGAAGUUACAGGGAACCAGGCAGAGGGCCUUCUCGGUAGUGGCGCCCACCCUGUGGAACGCCCUCCUUUCAGAUGUGAAGGAAAUAAGUAGCUAUCUUAUCUUUAAAAGACAUCUGAAGGCAGCCCUGUUUAGGGAAGUUUCUAACGUUUGAUGUUUUAUCGUGUUUUUAAUAUUCUGCUGGGAGCCGCCCAAAGUGGCUGAGGAAACCCAACCAGAUGGAUGGGGUAUAAAUAGUGAAUUACUACUACUACUACUACUACUACUACUAUUAUUAUUAAAAUUGGAACCUUGUGUGUGUGGCACCUUAGUAUUACCUGUUGAUUCCUGCAUUACAGGAUGUUGGAGUAGAUGAUGAUGAUGUUGAUGAUGAUGAUAAUAAUAAUAAUAAUAAUAAUAAUAAUAAUAAUAAUAAAAAAUUUUAUUUAUACCCCACCCUCCCCGGCCAGAGCCGGGCUCAGGGUGGCUAACACCAAUAAAAUCAUAGUAAAAACGUAAUAGGGGGCAAAAACAGCAGCAGCAGCAACAACACCAAUUUAAAAUACAGGUUACGAUGACUCUUGAGGAGUCUUCCAACACUACAGACAUGGUUUGCUAAGUGUAAGAAUUAUUAUCCCUCAGUAUGCCUAGGACUGAGGCUCCUCCAGUGUCCCAGCUACAUCACUGCUGCAAUUAUGGUUGUAAGCAACCCCCAGGGAAGGUAUGAAGUCCGAUAAGAAAUUAAACUUCCGCUGAGAUUCUCUGAAGCAGGGGUUUGCAGAGCUGGAGAUUGCCAAAGGGCUGGAUCUAGACCUCCCCCAAGCCCCACGGCCAGGGCCACUCAAUUUCAAUAUCUUCAGUCUAGUAGGAGCUGCCUUUCAAAAACUUCUUUGGGACGUUAAUUCCAGUGAAAUUUUAAUUUAGUAAUUUGAUUUUAGAGCAAACAUUGCCUAUUUGAAAAGCCACCCGGUUUCUGGUAAUUUUGAUUAUUCCUUGGUAUCUCCCAGUACCAAACUUUCUUUAAUUUGGAGAUACGUGAAAAUUGACAGGCUGUCUUCUGCUUUUAUCAAAAGAUGCUGGUUUUAAAGUCCACAUUAAUUUUGUCGUACCACAAAUACCCAUUCCAUCCAGUCAUGUCCGAUUUCCAGGAACCACUCAUUUCUCAACUCCUUCAUUAACAUUAAGCAACAGGCUGCAAAGUACAAUUUUACGUUGGUAUGCCAAUCCUCCCCUUUCCUUUGCAUCUUGUAAUACUUUAACACGUGGUGUUUUUUCCCUUGCCAUAAAAACUUGAUUUUUUUUAUUUUGCCAUUGUCUGAAUGGUAAGUCAUUAGCUAUGACAGACAUUGUUUGGAACAAAAACAUCAUUCUGGGCAAUAUAUUCACAUUUUAUCACAAAAAUUUGACCCAGUAGAGACAAUUUUAAUUUCUCCCAUCCUAGCAUAUCUUUUUAAAUGUCCGUCCAUGCCUUAACAUAAUUAUUUUUGUCUGUUUGACAUUGUCUGUCAAGUGCUUCUGUACUGAGUGGACUUCUACGUUGGUAACCAAGAAAUGGUUAUGGGAUGAAUCAGGAUUAACGCUGGAGAAGAGAGAGAUUCCCACUGAAUCAGGUUUCCAAAUGGAGAAGCUUGUUCUCGGAGACAUGCUGCAACACAACAGAGCCCUGUUUGUUUCACUUUGGCUUGUUGUUGUCUCCCACCCCCGCUUUUAUAUAUAUAAAAUCAAAUUAAUCCUAUUCUUCUCAUGCAACCCUUAAUGGCCAAAGUCAUUUGGCAAGAGCUCAUAAAUCUUUGGCCUGCAUCAGCCAGGGGUUUGCAAUUGUAUCCAUAGCAACCCUUGUGGCAAGAAAUAAAAUUUGACGGGGAUAGGCACUGCCCUGCGGAAAAGAAAAUGCCAGUUUGCAAGAGCACCGUAGCCAUUUUCAAAUAAAAAAAGCAGAACUGGGCGGGCAGGAAAAGGGAUGGCAUUGGCAAGGUCUUGUCUCCUUCGUUUUCACCUGUUGCUUUCCCCCCGACGCCUUUCCUUGUUUUGCAAAGCAGGCAAGAUGAUGGCUCAGCCGUUCUUUUUCGCUCCCAGCUACAUCCCAGCCCCCGUUGGCCAGAGGAGAGGCCUGAGAGAGAGAGACCAGCCAGCGCUUGAGCUAAUAAAUGAAUUCAGCUCACAGCUGCAUCUCCUCACCGCCGAAGUCCCCCUGCUUAACAUCAACCUUGUUUCCCUUUCCAGAAACGCGGCGCUUUUGUGUGGACGAAGAUAAAACCGGAGAAGGGGGAGUCGGUUCCUGAGGGGACCAGAACCCAGCCGGGCGCUGGGGGACCUGAGAUGCUGGAACAGCCAAAAGCAGAGAAAGGGGACUCUGCGGAAAGUUGCAUGACUUCAGCCGGCCUCCACCUUCCAGAUCCCCCAGAGAUGCCCCCAGACUCCAACCUACGCUUAUCAGAAGCAGAUAGCGGCACAGGAGCCAAAACAGAUCCCGGAGCCCCGGAGAAAGGACAGGAGGGGGGUUCAGGGAUUUCUCAGGCAGGGGAAGGGGAUGUGAGCCAUCCCUCCGGGGAGAAAAGGCCUCUCAGCCCACCAAAGACGGGCUACCUUGAGAAACAGCAGGAGGACACCCCCAUCCAUGAAGCCGCACAGUCCCCGGCAGAAAUUCAGAAGGCCUAAGAGGUCCAAGCGUGGGGGUUGGCCUGGUGUAAUUUCAGUAACGCCAAACACAAACUGACACCAGCAAACGGUCUGAGGCGACGCACUCUCGCCUUUACAUAACAACAGCUGCAGCCUGCUUUGAUGCCUCUUGAAAAUGAGAGUCCUAUAUUUAUACAUAUAUAAAAUCCUAUGAAUCUUUUAUUAUGGUUUCUCUCCGCCGUUGCAGUUAGGUGAUUUCCCUGCCCACCCCCUCAAAUCAAAAUUAUCUGGAUUAUCUGCUCUCCUGAAUAUCGAGAGCGACUAAGGAGGCUGCUAAUGAAUAAUGAGCAAUUAAUGUCAACAA